UUGUGCUCCUACCCUAAGGAUAUACAGCAGCACCAGGAGCUCACUGGUGCUGAGGAGUUUGGUUCUUCUUGUUGGAUGCUGGUUUGACCUUGCAAGAUGGACAUACGUGUAGCGACCAUCCUCCUCCUUGUGGUGGCCUCUGCAGCAGCCCACGGAAAGGGUUACGUAGUGAGGAAGGUGAUGCCUGUGAAGAGCCAUGUGGUGUCAGUGGCAGGUGAGCCUGGUCCUCCAGGUGAGCCAGGCCCCGAGGGACCUUCUGGCCCUCCUGGCCCACCAGGUGAAAAUGGUGUAGGCUAUUCUGGACCUCAAGGACCUCCCGGACCCCCUGGAUCUCCUGGCCGCUCCAUUGCUGGUAAACCUGGAUCUCCAGGUGGUCCUGGCAAACCUGGCAGGCCUGGAGACUCUGGUGAGAAGGGAGAUACUGGAGCCACUGGCCCUCAAGGACCUAGGGGAGUCCCUGGAUCACCAGGAAGCCCUGGACCUGCUGGCCUCUCUGCUACUGGCAAGCCUGGACCAUCAGGUCUUCCUGGAGCAAUGGGACCUAGAGGAGAGCCUGGUCUGAAAGGACAUCCAGGUAUCCCUGGACUGCCAGGUUCUAAGGGUGAUAGAGGGGUGGGAGCACCUGGACCUCAGGGUGAGACAGGACCUGAAGGGCCUAUGGGUCCACCUGGAGCUACAGGUUCAUCUGGAGUUGGAAAGCCAGGAAAACCAGGUUCCCCAGGUGAGCCAGGAAAAUCAGGUAGCCCAGGUAGCGAUGGUGCCCCUGGUCCCAUGGGACCUCAGGGACCUAAAGGACACACCGGUGCCCCAGGUGUUGGUAUUCCAGGUAAACCAGGUGAGAAUGGUGCCCCCGGUCUGCCUGGUCCAAGUGGCCCUAAAGGCAACCAGGGACCUACUGGAUCCACUGGUGCCCCUGGAGUGCCUGGAUAUGGAAAGCCAGGUGCAAAUGGAGAGAAAGGAGAAAGGGGAGCUACAGGUAGCACUGGUGCUACAGGCUCAAAGGGUGAGCAAGGUCCAACUGGAUAUACUGGUGCUACUGGUGCAACUGGCCCAACUGGUCCUACUGGACCUCAGGGUGAAAGAGGUUUCACAGGUGCACCUGGUGCUGUUGGCCCUAAAGGUGACACAGGAGCAACUGGUCCUCAGGGACCUAAGGGAAACAAGGGAGAUCAGGGAGCACAGGGUUUCCAAGGUAAGCAGGGUUACCCAGGACCAGCUGGUCCUGCUGGGGCCAGAGGGGAAACUGGACCCACAGGUGAAAAAGGAAAUGGAGGUGCCCCAGGUACCCCAGGAGCCCCAGGUAUCCCAGGCCCUGCUGGACCCAAAGGUCAUCCUGGUCGCCCAGGUGAGCAAGGUCCCUCUGGAUCAGAUGGUGCACCAGGUUCAAGAGGACCUACUGGGCCUCAAGGUCCCGCUGGUGCUCCAGGCCUCAAGGGACACCCAGGUCUCCCUGGUGCCCCUGGCCCCGCUGGUUUGGCUGCUAAGGGUCUCACUGGACCUGAGGGUCCUCCUGGUCAACCUGGUGAGCCCGGCUCUGAUGGAGAACCUGGCCCAGCUGGCCCUCCUGGUCCCCCUGGCCCUCCAGGUGAGGUUGUAUUUGAGAAGGGCAAGGGCAUGGGUGUGAGCGAGAUUAUGGUGAAGUCCCCCAUGUCUGCUUUCACUGCAGCUCUGACCACCCCCUACCCUCCUGCUGGCAGCCCCAUUAAAUUUGACCACAUAGUGUAUAAUGCUGAGAAUCACUAUGACCCUGAGUCAGGCAUUUUCACUUGCCAGGUUCCUGGAGUGUACUUCUUCUCUUAUAGCAUCCAUGUCAAUGGAGCUCAUGCCCUGGUGGCUCUGUACAAGAAUGGCCAGCCUGUUAUGUUCACUUAUGAUGAGUACAACAAGGGUUUCCUUGACCAGAUGUCUGGUAGUGCUGUCCUCUUGCUCGAUGAGCAGGAUACAGUUUACGUCCAGAUCCCUGACGAUGAGGCCAAUGGCGUCUUUGCUGCAGAGAAUGUCCACUGCUCUUUCUCUGGGUUCCUCAUCGCUUCAACGUGAUACGUUGAUUCAGUAGUUUCCGAAAGCCAACCAACUAAAUUUGCCAUUUCUCAAACUAAACUCCCUGUUCGUUUUUCCUCAACCUAACAGACAGGCAGUUCACCAUUUUUGAGAAAUAGUUGCAUCUCGACUUGAAAACUACAAGAAAUAGGUGCUUAGAAGAAGGAAAACUAAUUUAUGAACACAGGUGAUCAGGGGUGGGGUAAGCAAUCCACAAUGUUACCAGUGAGAUUUUAAUGGAGACAGCAUGUGAAAUUGAGAUGUUAAACUGUGUUAUGUCCUGACUUUUUCUUUUCCAUUCUGUUCCUUUUACUGACUUCAACUGGUGACUCUUAAUUUAGUGUUUGUCUGCUUUUGUUUGUUUUUAUACAACCUUGUUUUUUUUUUUCUUUCAGUUUUUUUGUUUGGGUUACCAAUAAUCUUAUUAAAAGUACCCUAAUACUUUUUUCUGUGCAACCUGUUGUACUAAAUGUGACUUGAAUAUAUUGUGAAAUGGUAAUGGUCAAAUUGACCGUUAUGACGAAAUAAGUCACCAAAAUGCUGUCAUGGAAACACAAACUGUUUUAACAGCAACAUCGUUGUAUCCCUGGACAUACAUUGUGUC